GUGUUACCUAUUAUGUUAAGCAUGUCUUAAUUGAACACUGGGGCAUGCUCCCAUUACAACCAUGCCUACCUUGUUGUUUCUCCCUACCGAGUUGUUGAUCAAGGUUAUCAGGGAUAUCGACCACCAGGAUCCUGAAGUACCAGCCCCUGUACUGGCCGUUCGGUUGGCAUGCCGUAAAUUCCGGGAUAUCUGCUGGAUGCCCGAGACGUUCCCCAACAUGUUCUUCCAGAAUAUUAUAUUCAUGUUGUCAUACGAUAGCUUAAAGGAGCUCAUCGAUAUUUCCGCCACCCAAUUCUCAGACCUACCGUGACCCACCUUCAGAUUGCUGUCACUCGUCUUGAAGUCGAUACUGGUGUUGUGCGCGAUAUUCCUGAAGAUCAAAUCUUCCGUUCGUACAGUGGUGAAGAUGUGUUGCUGUUGACACAGGCUCUGUCCGGGCU